GUGGGAGCUGCCGUUGUCCUACUGAAAAGAGUUCGAUGAAUUCAUUUGGUUUCUGAUUUCCUUAAUAAAUGUAUUCGUAUGUCUUCAACAUUCUCCGGUGUAUCCUCCGGCGUUUCGUCCGGCGUGUCGAAGAACCGGACCGCAUCAUGUCCGGCAUGUCCGAGGGUAUGACCGUGUCUCACCCAACAGCCCCUAUCGGAGGACCUUCAGUCGCGUCCGACGCCAUCAUCCAUCACACCCCUUCUUCAUCUCAUGCAUACGAUGUAUUUGUCAGCUUCCGUGGUGAAGACACGCGCAACAACUUCACUAGUUUUCUCUUUGGAGCUCUCUGUCGACAAGGCAUUGUUGCAUUCAAAGAUGACGAAUGUAUCAAAAAAGGUGAUUUCAUAACACCCAAGCUGCUACAAGCCAUUAAGGGCUCUCAAGUUUUCGUUGUUGUCUUAUCAAAGAACUAUGCUUCCUCCACUUGGUGCUUACGUGAACUGGUUGAGAUAUUUAAUUGCUGUGAAACUUCAGCAAGACCCGUUAUACCUAUAUUUUAUGAUGUUGAGCCUACUACGGUGCGCCACCAGAAAGGAUGUUAUGAGAAAGCAUUUGCAGAACACGAAAAUAGAUUCAGAAAAGAUAAGGUGAAGAUGGAGGAAGUUCAAAGAUGGAAAGAAGCUCUCAGAAAAGUGGCCGAUAUUUCUGGUUCGGAAAUCGCAAAUAAGCUACAAAAUGAACAGAUUGAAAAAAUUGUUCAAGAGAUAAAAAAUCAUUUGAGGCCAAAAAUUUUAAAUCUUCCAAGGGAUGAACUAGUUGGGAUAGAGGAUCGAGCUCAAAACUUACGAAAUAUUUUGCGUUUCGACCUCCCUAAUGAUGUUCGAGUUGUCGGAAUAAGUGGAAUGAGUGGCAUAGGAAAGACAACUCUUAUUCGGGCUUUAUAUGAAAGAAUUUGUCAUCAAUAUAGUUAUAGUUGUUUUAUUGAUAAUGUAAACAAAAUAUUUGUAGAUUCUGGUUCGAUGGGCUUACAAAAGCAAUUAAUUUCUCAGACUCUAAAUGAGAAAAAUGUUGAGAUUCGCAAUCUUACCGAGGGAACAUGUUUGGUGCAAUCCAAACUCAACAAUGCUAAUGCACUUAUAGUUUUUGACAACGUUGAUCAAGUUGAACAUCUGAACAUAUUUAGCGGAAAUAGAGUCAAUUUGUUGCGAGAAUGUUUAGGUGGAGGGAGCAGAAUCAUCAUAGUUUCUAGGGAUGAACAAAUAUUGAAGAUACAUGGAGUUGAUGAUAUUUAUCAAGUUCAACCGUUGAAUUGGGAAGAUGCUAUCCAACUAUUUUGUAGAAAUGCUUUCAAAGAUAAUUAUAUUUUGAACGGUUAUGAAAAGUUGUCAUAUGAGAUACUAUCACAUGUUGAUGGCCAUCCCUUGGCAAUUGAAACAAUUGGGUCAUCUUUGUUUGGCCGAAGUUUGUCACAAUGGAAAAGUGUAUUGGAAGCGUUAGAAGAAAAUAAAAGUAAAAAUAUUAUGGAUAUUUUGCGCAUAAGUUAUAUUCAACUGGAAGAAAGAUACCAACAAACAUUUUUGGAUAUUGCUUGCUUCUUCAAUUAUCAAGAUGAAGAAGAAGUGAAGGAAAUUCUAAAUUUUCGUGGAUUUCAUCCUGAAGAUAGCAUAGAAGUUCUCAUUGAUAAGUCACUCGUUAUCAGAGAUUUCGAAGGGUUCAUAUAUAUGCAUAACUUGCUAGAGGAUUUGGGCAGGUGUAUUGUAAAGGAAGUAUCACCUAAAGAGCCUAUAAAGUGGAGUAGGUUGUGGACAUGCAAAGAUCUCCAUGAUGCUAUGUCAGAGAACAAGGUAACUCAAAACCUUGAGGCAAUAUUUCUGACUAAGGAUGAUGUUGAUGAUGACGAUGAUGAUGUUGUUGAUGAUGAUGAUGAUGAAAUCCGAGAUGAUGAAACAAUCAAGGCGGAUGGUCUAUCAAAAAUUAAACAUCUGAAAUUGUUUUAUGUUCGGAAUGUGAACGUGAAGUUUUCGGGAAGUCUGAGUCAUCUUUCGAAAGAACUAGGAUAUCUUGUUUGGUACAGAUAUCCAUUUGAGUGUUUGCCUCAAACUUUUCAGCCACACAAACUAGUUGAGUUAAACCUGUUUGGGAGCAGUAUUCAACGACUGUGGGAAGGCACAAAGCGGUUACCCCAUUUGAAGCGUUUGGAUCUCUCUUAUUGCACAAGUUUAAUUGAGAUGCCAAAUGUAUCAAAGGCCUUAAAUCUUGAAUGGAUUAUUCUUGAAGGAUGCGUACAGCUCCAAGAACUCGAUCCAUCGAUUUGGAGCCUGAGAAAGCUUGUUGAUUUGAAUUUGAGAGACUGCAAAAAACUAGUAAUCUUAUCCAAUACUAUAUUGGGCCUGCAUUCUCUUAAAUAUUUAGAUUUCUCUGGUUGUUCAAUAAUAGAUAGUAAAGAUGAAACAAGGAACACAGAAGACUUGAUCAGCAGUUUACCGCCCUCCUCUCCUCUCUCAUGUUUGUGUGAACUCGAUCUGAACUUCUGUAACUUAGUUCAAAUUCAUGAUUACAUUGGAAAGUUACGUUUCUUAGAGAGACUAAAUUUAAAAGGAAACAAUUUUGUUACAUUGCCUAACCUCAAGGACCUUUCGAGAUUGUAUGUUUUAAACUUACAAGAUUGCAAGCGAUUGAAAUACUUGCCUGAUCUCCCUUCACGAACUGUCCGUAACUCGAAACCUUUCAUGCUGUCAAGAUUACGAUCUAUAAAAUUUUAUUCGCCUCAUUAUUGGAAUGAGGAAAAUACAGGUUUUACCUUUCCAGGAUUAAUCAUUUUUGGCUGCCCAAAGUUAGUUGAGAUUGAACAGUGCAUUAGAAAGAGUUUUUCCUGGACAAUUCAAAUUCUUAAGGCGACCUACCCAUGGCCAUUCCCUCAAAGUAUUAUACCUGGAAGUCAAAUACCGAGCUUGUUCAACAAUGAGUUUGUGAACGGGGACAUAGAAUACCUGGACAAAGAAUACCUAACCGUUGAUCCACCUCCCGUUCCGCAUUACAAUAAUUUCAUUGGUGUUUUGUGUUGCGUAAUAUUUCGUCUAUACAAUAAACAAAUUCCAAUAGAUUUUGGAAGAGAUCACAUGUGGUUACAUUAUGAAAAGGUUUAUAUGGACGAACGUGGUAUUCAUCCUUGUCGUUUGAGGGUGAGGUCGAUUGGAGAAAGGUUGGGUUACGAGAAUUCUGUUACGGUGGAUGUGAAGAAAUUUCAGUAUUUCUGGGUAAAUGAACAAGACCUAAUUAACCUCAAAAUGAUGCAUUGUGCAACUCGGAAGCGGAAGAUUUCCGUAAUUGAGGAAAACGGUUAGCUACAGUGAAGAAUUGAAGCCUUUAUUGAAUGUGGAAUGUGGAAGUAUGAUUUGCUACCAUCUAACCAGAAAGAGGCACAGUAGAAGCAGAAGCAGCACUGCAUUCAAAUUCUCCUUGUAUAGAAAGCAUGCGAGGGAUGCGAGGGAGUAAAAGACUGUUAUUAUGAAGAAUAUAUGAAGAAUUGUUUUGAUGAAUCAUGAUGAACACGUGAAGAUCAAUGAGAGAAGACUUUUUAGGUUUGAUUGUUUCUUUCCUUGCUUUUGUAUUCAGUUUUGUGUCCAACUUGCAAUAAGGUGUUGUAGGGAUAGGUUGCUUCUUAUAGGUUUAAAGAAGUGUGUUCAAUAUUAUAAGAUUUUGUGUAAUUGUAAGAUUAAGAUUC